AUGGCAUCGUCGUCCGAUUCUUCCGUCGACCUUGCCACUGUUGACGCACUCGAGUUGCUGCCUGACAACUCUGCUGCUAAUUGGCACUCUUAUGCUCAUUCCGUUGAGGUGCUCCUCUCCUCUGUUGUGAGCUCGGAAACCGCCAUUCGCACCUACCGCACCAAUCUCCAAGAGCACCUGCGCCUGCAAUUGCGUUACGAGGACGACAGGCGCAUCCAUGACGAGGCCGCUGCCCGCUACAGCACGUACCAGGAGGACCUGGACACCUACACUGCAGAACUUGCAGACUACACCACGAAAAUUAAUGCCUGGCGGGUUGCUCAUCGGCGUGCGCUUGCCAUUCUUCUCGCCACCAUCCCCUCCUCCCUCAAACGCGAGUUCUCACCUACCUCCUCCUCCCACCUGUGGCGACUGCUAGUCGACCUUUUCGAUCGGCAGGACGUUGCCACUCUUUACGCCCUUAUCAAGGAGUUUGGAACUCUCUCCAUGGAUUCCACUUCUGGCGCAGCUGCUUUCACUCGCCGUGUCUUAGACCUUGCUCGGCGCCUUGCAACACUCAAUGUGGUGUACCCGGACACCGUCAUCUGCUGCCACCUCCUCGAGGGCCUCACACCUGCCUUCGACGCUCACAAGCUUGCUUACAUGCAGCUUAUCUCCAAGCACCACACCCCUGCCGAAGUCGCUCAGUGGAUUAUCACCACCGAAGCUGAGAUCCUUCGCCACUCUUCCUCCACAGCCGCAGCAGCCCAGUCGCGCAGCAGCCGGGGUGGACGUGGCGGUGGGCGUGGGGGUGGGCGUGGUGGUGGGCGUGGGGGUGGACGAGGGGGAUCAGCAGGUCGCGGUGGUGCUGGCAGCAGUGGUGCGGGUCGUGGUACGGCAGCUGCCUUUCCUCCCUGUCAGUACCUGCCUCGCUACGGUCCCACAGCGCUGCGGCCAAACCACCCAUGCCACUGA